AUGUGUGAAUACGAAGAGUUCCUUUUCAACUGCGGUUGCUCGCAGACGCGGCUCAAGUCGUACUGCCACCUCGCCCGCAAUGACCUCAACCAUCAGUGCUUUGGCGUGGCCAAGCUACGCAACGUUUGGGACCAGCAGGUCGACUGCAAUUCCUGCAUCUCCAAGCAGCGGCCGUCGAUGUCGUCGGCAUCGUCGUCGUCGUCCUCAUCCGUGUCAUACGGGAUGCACUCUCACUACAAUUCUUUUUAG